AUGGUAUGGAGAAAUGCGAUCAAAAUUGUGAUCGCAACUAGUGAAGCUCUGAGCAAAGCAUUCACGCGGGCUGUGCGGGAAGAAAUCAGAGCAAGUCAGCAAGCAGCUGCCAACCGCGCUCAGCAAACUGGUGAGAAUCAGAAUGAGGCACGUGAGGCCAGUCGAACAAAUGCGAGACUUGGAAUAUCGUUACAGGAAGCGAUGAAAAUCCUGAAUGUGCAAGAUCCGCUGAGGCCUAAAGAAGUCGAAGAGAAUUACAGGCAUUUAUUUGACAUAAAUGACAAAAAUAAGGGGGGUUCGUUGUAUCUGCAGUCCAAAAUAUAUCGUGCAAAAGAGCGAAUAGAUGAAGAACUUCAAAAACGAACCGGACCUGAAAUUAUUCAGGAAGCAAAAGAAGCGAAAAAAAAUGACAAAAGUUGA